AUGCCGUCGGUCUCCGAAGUUGUUGCUUUGUUUGACUCUACCGCCAUUGCCCUCCUCCUCACAACCGUGGUUGUUUUUUCGAUUCCUGUUUUUAUACUGUUCCCGCCGAUACCAGUGGAGCUCGGAGAUGCUCUACAACAAACGCACAGCAAAGUCGGCAUCCCAGCAUCUGAGAGCAAUCUCAGGGACCAGACAUCGCCCGAGCACAACUACCAACCGGACAAGGCUGGCAAGAUACAAAGCUUAUUGGUCUACCCUGUCAAGUCAUGCCAGGGCAUAGAGGUUACGAACAGCAAAAUCUUUGCAAAGGGGUUUGAGUUUGAUCGCCUUUUUACCUUUGCAAGGCAAAAGGCGAGCCGCCCCGUGACAUCAAGAGAAGAGGCUGAACAGCCAGAUCAGCCGAAGAAGCCGCAAUGGGAAAUCCUUACACUACGGCAAGUUCCGCUGCUAGCAAAUGUUCAAGUCGAUCUAUGGCUCCCAGAUGCAAGCAAGACUAGUCGCCAACUUGGCAGAGUAGGCGGCCGAUUCAUCGUUGUUAAAUUUCCUUGGAAGGAUUCUGGCUGGAGGGGCACGAUCCAGUGGAUAUCUGCCAAACUGAGCCGCGGCUUCAGCGGCAUCCCAGAAAAAGAGUUCAUGCUAUCCAUUGAUUUCCCACCCCCGAGCGAGAUUGAGACCAGAGGCUACCAGUAUGAUGAUACGCGGUUCUUCGAGGGCACCGUUCAUGCGCUGAAUCUGAGAAACGAGGUGCCCAUGGAGCUGGCUCGCUAUCUGGGAGUCACUGUGCCAAUGACUAUCUUCAUGAUCGACCCAGCUCAGCGGAGGGAAGUCUUCAGAAACGCGCCUCGCAAAGAGGACCUUGGUUACCAGCCCAUGGCCGACUUCCAGGAUGUGUAUCCACUGAAUGUCCUUAGCCUGACGAGUGUCCGCGCUUUGGAGUCCAAGGUGCAGAAAGACGACGGGCUCAAGUUCCUGGACGCGCGCCGUUUUCGCCCGAACAUUAUUGUUUCCGGUCUCAAAGAGUAUGACGAGGACGACUGGCGACGGAUUGAGUUCUCACAGCCUUCUCAAGGCGCCACGGCCCCGGGAUCGAAGAGCCAAUUUGACGUCUCAGGCCGCGCAGUUCGGUGUAAAUUGCCAAAUGUCGAUCCAGCCACUGGUAUUCGACACAAGGUGGAGCCCGAUAAUUCGCUCAGGAAGUACCGCGCAAUUGACGGAGGCGCUCCCGGAAGGGGUUGCUUCGGGAUGCAGCUGUGUCCCAUAUUUUCAAGUACAGACAAGCCAGAGGACAUGGAGUUGUCACUAGAGGUGGGUAUGGAGAUUAAGGUUCUGGAACGGGGCCAGCACUGGGCUUUGUAA